AUGCCCCUCCGCGUCCCUGUGUCUCUGGCAAAGCAACGAUUACAUUCAACCACGCAGCAUUACCCCGCCUGGUGUCAGCAGCAAUUCCGGACACCAUCACAUUUCACCUAUUCCAGAACACCUUUUUUCUCCUCUCGCCGUUCAUUUUACGGUCAUAUCAGUGAUCAGAAAAUGGCGCCUCAGCUAGAACCCUACUUCAAACAGGUGGAUGGUCUUUCCGGCUCGUUUAUUGAACGACUGCGGAAAGCAGUAGCGAUUCCUUCUGUUUCUGCCCAAGAUGAAAACAGAAAGGAUGUGUUCAAGAUGGCCGAGUUCCUCAGCUCGGAGCUUGAAGCUCUGGGGGCGGAGGUGCAGCAAAGGCCGUUAGGAAAGCAGCCUGGAAAAGAACACCUUGACCUGCCUCCCGUGAUCAUUGCUCGCUAUGGCAAUGACAAGAAAAAGCGAACUAUUCUGGUAUAUGGACACUACGAUGUACAGCCUGCGUUGAAGGAAGACGGCUGGGCCACGGAGCCCUUUGAGUUGUCUGUCGACGAAAAGGGAAGGAUGUACGGUCGUGGCAGUACAGAUGAUAAGGGACCGGUGCUGGGCUGGCUGAACGUGAUUGAAGCUCAUAAGAAAGCUGGCGUUGAAUUGCCGGUCAACCUCCUUUGCUGUUUCGAGGGAAUGGAGGAGUAUGGUUCUGAAGGAUUGGAGGAGUUUAUCCAAUCGGAGAGUAAGGGCUUUUUCAAAGAUGCGGAUGCGGUUUGCAUUUCAGACAACUAUUGGCUUGGUACAGAGAAACCCUGCUUGACCUAUGGAUUGCGGGGUUGCAAUUAUUACUCCGUCCGGGUCUCUGGUCCUGCCCAAGACCUACACAGUGGUGUGUUUGGUGGCUCCGCGCAUGAACCUAUGACAGACCUGGUCAAAGUUCUAUCUAGGCUUGUUGACUCGCAGGGUAACAUCCUGAUCCCCGGCAUCAUGGAUCUCGUGGAGCCCCUGACGGAGGAGGAGAAGUCCCUGUAUCCUGACAUCAGCUAUACCAUGGAGAAUCUCCACGAAUCGCUGGGAAGCGAGACAAGCAUCCACUCGACAAAAGAACGGACGCUCAUGGCCAGAUGGAGAUACCCAUCCCUGUCCAUCCACGGUAUUGAAGGUGCUUACUCUGCUCCGGGAGCAAAGACUGUAAUCCCGGCCAGUGUCAUUGGCAAAUUCUCCAUCCGUACUGUGCCAAACAUGGAGAGCCCAGAUGUCAACAAGCUCGUCUUUGACUACAUCAAAUCCGAGUUCGCCAAGUUGAACACUAAGAACACCCUGGACGUGUGGCUUCAACAUGACGGAAAGUGGUGGGUUGCUAGUCCGAAACACUGGAACUUUACUGCUGCGAGCAAGGCUGUGAAGCAAGUUUUCGGUGUCGAACCAGAUAUGACACGUGAAGGUGGCAGUAUCCCUGUCACCUUGAAUUUCGAACAAGCUACGGGCAAGAAUGUGUUGCUCCUUCCUAUGGGAUCUUCGACCGAUGCCGCGCACUCUAUCAAUGAGAAACUUGACAAGAGGAACUAUAUCGAAGGUGUCAAGUUGCUCGGUGCAUACUUGCACUACGUUGCUGAAGAACCCAUGAGUGCAUAG